GCAGUUGAAACCAAUUGAAUAAUUUCUUCCACUAGUCUGCUGAUUCAGUGAUUCUGUAACCGGAAAAUUUAGGGUUUGAAAGUAGUUGCAGAGGGUUUGGGCAAGAGUGGAGGAGCAAUGGCUGACAAUUUGUUCGAAGGGUUACCACCACCUUCUCAUCAUGAACACCAACAUGAACAGCAAGAAGAAAAGGAGAAAGGAGAGCAAAAGCAACAGCCUUUUUCUUUGAAGUCAAGCAGUAAUACCCACAGAGAAUCUUCUCCAAAGCCUAUUCUCAAGAGCGCCCUCAAGCGACCCAAACCCUCGGAAUCUAUCCCUGAGCCUGAAGUCCCAGGUACUGCACCAGAAAAGCGUCUGAGGUUUAAAACAACAAUGGAUGCCUCAGAGACACAAGUUAUUGAGGCAAUGCAAAAGAUUGCAUCCCAUAUUAAGAGCCCAACAAAGUUUCCAAAGGCCUCAAAGCUUGCCAUACAGCUGAUCCAGGCUGGAAGUGUGAAGCCAGGAACUAGUGAUCACUUCUUUGCUAUCCUAGAAGCUGCAAUGUCAUCAGCAACUUCUUGUAAUGAUCCAUCAGUGCAAGGCGAUUAUCAUGCAUUGUUCUCAGCAGCACAAGAUGCAGCUGAAAUCCUUAACAAGAAGCAGAGGAACCUAUUGACGGCAUGGACUCUUAGGGCAGUCGUAGCAAACGACUUAUUCACUGAUGACAGCUUUGUGUUUUCAAAAAUGGCUAGUAAACUAAAAGAUACCAUAUCAACCCUUCCAAUUGCAACUGAGGAUGAUGAUGUUGAAGAAGCUGCCAUCCUGAAAGAGGAGGGUCAUGAGACAGAGGUUACCAAUGCCAGUGGAGAUAGUCAAAAGGAGCAGGUUCCAGAUGAAGAAAAGAAAAAGGAUGAGUCUGAUCCAUUUGGGCUUGAUGCUUUGAUUCCGAGUGCAGGGAAGAAAGAUGAUAGAGCAAAGGGGAAGAAAGAUGCAACAGUCAAGAACAAGAAGGAGGAUGAGGAGGAAACUAAGACAUUUCUCAAGUUGCAAAGAGAAGCCUUGAUUACUUGUUUAGAGAUUGCUGCACGACGUUACAAAACUGCAUGGUGCCAGACAGUAAUAGAUAUCUUGGUGAAGCAUGCGUUUGAUAAUGUAGCCAGGUUUACAUCUAAACAGAGGGUUGCUAUUGAGAAACUGUGGGCUUCUGUUCGGGAACAGCAAAUUCGUCGGAAGCAAGGGAAAUCAGUAUCCGGGAAACUUGAUGUGAAUGCUUUUGAGUGGCUCCAGCAGAAAUAUGCUAGUGAGAAAAUCAGCAUUCGCCAUUCUGUUGGGGCUAGUGGGGAGCGUCAUGCCGAGCAAUGGCUUGGUUAGCAUUUGUCUGCCAAGUUUCUUGUAUCGUCAUUACUGAGAACAUUGAUGUUCGUCAAACAACUCAUACUUCUAAUGUAAUAUGCCUUUUUGUGUAAAACAUUUUCGCUGUAACACCAUUCACAUGUAAAGCUAGAAAUUGGUUGCUGCACAAGAAUGGGUUCAUUCUCUGAAGUGAUGAAAGUGUGUUGAUAGAAUUUUGACAGCAACUUGCUCGCUGCAUGAAGUCACCAUAAACUAGGUGGGGGUCU